UCCAACUGUCCACACGUCAUUCGACGGCGAAGGACUGACGUGACGGUUUCGUUUCGACGGCAGUGAAAUUUCAUUUUUUAGUGAAUGUGCUUGUGAAACGGCUUUAAAAAUGCAAAUUCCAAACGAAUAUGUGUCUACAGCCGAGGAUGUUGCAGAUCAGGUGAUCCGCAAAGGCAAGAAUGUGCUGCCAACAGUGGCGCGACUGUGCCUCAUCUCCACAUUCCUGGAGGACGGGCUCCGCAUGUGGUUCCAGUGGUCGGAGCAGCGAGACUACAUGGACAUGUCAUGGGGAUGCGGCAAGUUCCUCGCCACAAUGUUUGUGAUAAUAAACUUAGUUGGUCAACUGGGUGGCUGCGUGAUGGUGCUCGGCAGGCUCAAGGUGGACAUCGCGUGUGGAGUUCUAUUCUUCAUCGUUGUAUUACAGACCUUCGCCUACAGUAUAUUAUGGGACAUGCAGUUCUUGCUGCGUAACUUGGCUCUCAUCGGAGCCCUACUGCUCGUGGUAGCGGAGGCCCGUGCGGAGGGGCGCAGCCUCUUCGCGGGCGUGCCUUCGUUAGGCGAGAACAAGCCCAAGACUUACCUGCAGUUGGCUGGCAGGAUUCUGCUUGCUUUCAUGUUCAUCACACUGCUGAGAUUCGAAAUUUCCUUCUUGCAGAUCGUGCAAGACCUACUCGGCAGCGUGCUGAUGAUCCUGGUGACAGUGGGCUACCGCACCAAGCUGUCGGCUCUGAUGCUGGUGGUGGUACUGUCUGUGCUCAACUUGUACCACAACGCGUGGUGGGCUGUACCUUCAUACAAGCCGCUGAGGGACUUCCUUAAAUAUGACUUCUUCCAGACCUUAUCAGUGAUUGGCGGUCUCCUAAUGAUCGUAUACCUGGGCCCCGGCGGCGUCAGUAUGGACGAACACAAGAAGAAGUGGUAGAAUCGGCCCGCGGUGUGUACGAUGUAUGCACAGUGAAAGACAAUUGAUAUUUUAAUCAUAAGAUGUUAUGGUGCAAGAGGAAAGAAUAAUAUUUCAUACAAUUCGGUGUUUUAUGUGACAAUCUGACUAGUCGACAAUUGUGAACAUUGAGCUUACUUCCAUAUCCUGUUGUGUUCCGUUCGUGUUAUGGGCAGUUUGCUUACAUUUGUGUAUCACCAAGAUUUAUGAUUCAUGAACACUCUUAAUAAAUAAAUAAAUUGUUGGACAAUGCACAUCGAAAAAUGAUGACAAGGAUUCUAGUCUUGCUAAAUGAUGUUGUAUAAAUUCUUUUUUUAAAUAAUUGAAGAAUUGAUGACCGCAAAUUGCCCGUAACACAAAACAAUUGGUGUCAACACAAAAUUUUAUAUAAAAGUGCACGUAUUUGGUCGAUCAAUAAUAAUAAAAUAAUUGUCGGGUCAUUGACCUACAUUUUUGAUAACAAACCGAUAUAUCCACGGUUCAUGAUUUCAAUAUCGUCAAUUUUUAUAUGAUAGGACUAGUAUUUACCUGCCUAGCACUGUUUAAUAGAUAGUGUCUGGGAUCCCGACGAUAGACACUUGAAUUCAGCAUUGCAUGUAAGACCUACACAGCGACGAAAAACAUGGCAGAGUAACCUUACAAGUUCGUAGAAGACAUAUUUGGGUUACGUCACGACAGCCGCAUAAAAUGCGGUGGAAGCUAUCAUAUUUUUGGUAUUAUUUAACGUUCAUAUUGAACGCGACGUAAGCUAAAUAUGUCGUCGAAUUUGGUACAAGAGGAAAUAUUACGCAAGUACAUACCACAAUGAGUCACUUUCGAUUGCUUGGUUAUGGCGAUUCAAAACAUUGAGAUUGUUUUUGAGCUCGUGUUAGUAUCAGACAGUCAAUGCUGCGUUCAAGCGUGCCAAAAUAGUAAACUCCUUCCUUUCCCGCGUAGACGUGAUAUGUUCUAAGCGGGGCCCUUCGCGUGUAAGUGUAUGUACUCAGACUGAACGUAACCCGCUUUCAUUCUCUAUACCGUCACAUUUUCAUUCCGUUUUUCUAAUUGUUGUGAUUAAAUGUAAAUAUUUAUAUAAAAAUAUAUCUAUUUUGUACUUACUGACUGAAUAACAGACAACAGAUCUUUGAAUGUAAACGCAAAUGCUCUUUUUAUGAAUUUUAAUAUUCCAGUAGCCAUAAGUGAAACUUUGGUAUCACAAUUCGAAGAUUUGUGCUUCAUCUUCCUUAUAAAAUAAUAAAAUGUAGUCAUAAAAACAUAAAUAAUUUGAUUUAUCUAAAGUAUUUAAAAGACACAUAUUUUUGUAUUAUUAUUUUUUUAUUUAUUUUCUUAAGUUUCAGUUUGGCCAUAGAUGAUAAAGAUUCCUGAAAAUAUUGUUCCGAAUAAAUUUUUACAUAAUAAAA